AGUGAUCCUGAGGAGAUGGAAAAGCGGUCUAAUGGCAGAAGGUCAGGGAGGAGGAGAAAAUCUCAGAAAUCGACUGACGCACUCAACGGAGAUAAAGUUCCGGUUGAGGCUGUUGCCAGCGAGGACUCCGUAUUUGCUGAGGAUGCAGCACCCGCUGUGGUUGCAGAAAAGGUCUCCGGGGAGAAGAAAGUAAAAUCGCCCCAGGCAGCAACUGCCGCAGCAGCCCCUGCACCUGAAAGGAGCGCUUUAGGAAGUGGCGUCCCGGACUCCAAAGCAGGAGCUGCCCACCUGAAAGGACACCCGAGGGGGGACUCGGACAAAAGCAGGCAGCUCCAGCCCCCCACCACUUCGCCGACAAAAAGGAAGGGCAGAAGCCGACUGCCCGAAGCUGGCCCCCUCUCCCCUCCCGGAGGCUCCAAGAAUCCUGGCAAAGAUUCUCCUCCCAAAAAGCAGGCUGGGGCGGCCCCCGACGGGAAUUCCGCUUCUCCGCCCAAAGCGGCCGCAGGAGAAAAGUCAGCCGCCGCCGUUGGACUGGGGAGUGAGAACGGAGAGGAAGGGGCAGCGGCGGCUGCCAAGGUUAUUCCCCGGGAGCUCACAGUGAAGAGCAGCACCUUGCUGCCCGAAAUCCGCCCCGAGCACAAGAGGAGCGCUUUCCUCAACCACUUGGAUGGCAGAGCGGAGGGAGGCAGGAACAGAGGCGAGCUCUCGAGACUGCCAGCCAGCCCUGACCCUGACAACUCUAAACACAGAAACCACUUGGGAGCUGCCCGAGCAACAGUAACCACCAAGAUCAGUCUCCCAGCCAAGCCCAAAAAUGUGGAGCUGAAUUUCAAAGCCCCCAAGAAUCUUGAAAACUUGGGAAAUGAUCAUAAUCCAUUUAGCCAGCCAGUUCAUAAAGGAAAUACUGCCAACAAGAUUUCCUUAUUUGAAAAUAAGCGUGCUAACAAUAGCCCAAGACACACAGACAACCGGGGUGUGAAGAGCGCACCACCCUCAAAGACCUUUGUUGGUAGAGCAAAGUUUAAUUUAGGGAAAAAAUCUAAGGAAAGCGAGCAACCCGAGAAGAAAGGAAAUAUGCAAAACAAUCACCCAAAUGGUGGGUUGUUGAAGGAAGCCUCCACAGAAAAGAAGAGUGUCCCACCAGAAGAACAUAUUCUGCCAGUGACUGUAAAUAAUGGGGAGCCUGUUGAUGGUCAGCUAGGCCAAACUGAGAAGGCAGAUGUUCAAAGAGAUCCCAGCCAUCCUUUGGAAAAAGCAGAUGCUGCUCAGAUUCCAACUAAGGACCUGGAAAUCCUUGGAGAAAACAAUUUGAAGACUGCCAACAGUACAGGACUUGCCUUAGAAAGCAAGACUGACCUUGAGCGGGAUAACAAAGAGUCAACUCAGGCAGUCCCCUUGAAGCCUCAUGCAGAUGUUCCUAACUUGCAUCCUAUAGUAGAGGUUUCUAAUGUCCCUUCCAUCCAGCAGCCAGCAUCUGUUUCUGUGGCAGCUAGUGGAAAUGCCUCUGUUCAUUGUGAUGGGGAUAAAUCCCCACCUCAUAGCGGUUCUGGCACUGAUCGGAAAGAACUGUCCCAGCCAUUGUCUGUCGAGUGUGAAAAUGAUAACAAAAUAACCCCAACAGAAGUUGGAAAAGAAGACAAAGUUGCUGUGUCUACAGAGCAGGAUUUAUUAAACACAGAAACCUGUAAAAAUAAACCACCAUCCAAAGUCCUCGUUCAGGUUAGGUCUUAUAUGUUACCGGUGGAAACGGCUCAGGGUCGAGCCCCACAUAUCAUUUUAGGUAGCUCAGAGGUCGAAGAAGUUCGACUGACAAGUUACUAUAAUGAUGAAAAUGAAGCCGAUUCUUCUCACAGCAGCACUUCUGUAAAAGAUGGGGUGCCGGACACUAAGACCACCUCACCGAAGGACGUGGAAGGUGGAGGAGAGCAGACAGAAAAAUCUGGCCUGCUUUCUGAGCUACCAGAAUUAGAGAAAACUGACACCAUCCAGACACCAAAUGAUGAAAGCAAGACAAUCAUGGCACCUGAGUCAAGCCCUGUCAGCUCACACAGUAACAAAGUCAAUUUAGAACUUUUACCCAGACCAAGUCAAGUCAUCAGAGAUGUUGAGGGCAGUCCUGCCAGUGUUCUGAAUGUUUCUGCAGGGAGUGAUGACAGCGCUUUUGAUUCUUCUUCUGAUAUGGAAAAAUUCACAGAAAUCAUCAAAAAGAUGGACAGUUCAAUCUGUGUGCCCCAGAAGAAAAAGAAGGCCAGGGUACCAAACUCUCCUGCUCCCCACUUUGCUAUGCCUCCUAUACAUGAAGAUAACUUAGAAAAAGUGCUUGACCCCAACGUAUUUACUUUUGGGUUGGGGAAAAAAAAAGAAAACCAGCAAGACAUGUCACCGAGCUUACAUCUCCUCCAAGGUAUAGAUACGAAAUCUAAAUUGAGAGCUAAGCGUACCUCUGCUGAACAGAGUAUACUCUUCAAAUCUGUGAGUACACCUAGCAAAAAUGAACUCACGGAAUGUUCAGAAACAAAUGGAAAGGAGAAUAAGGAUGUCCUAAAUGGUGGAAUUAAGAGAUCUAGGCUAGAAAAAAGUGCUCUCUUCUCCAGCAUGUUAUCCUCUUCCACUGUGCCCCAAGAAAAAGUCUUUUCGCCAUCAGUGACAUCAGUCAACACAAUGACCACAUCUUUUGGCACCUCUCAGAACAGUUCUCUCUUGCCAAAGUCAACUGCAUCAAAGACUGAUUCUGAUGGGGCAUCAGGCCUUUCCACUCAGCCCAGUGUUUCAGAAAAUGAACUCCACAAACUUCCAUCUGCCAACUCCUCAAAGAUCUUUAACUUUGACUCAUCAAGUAAAUCACUUUCAGGUUUAAGAAGUCCAAACUAUGUGGAAAAAUACUUGCAAACAGGUGAAACAAAGAGAGAUCCAGAUUCACGAAGCAACCCAACAUUACCAGAAACUAGACUUUCUGAAUUUUCCAAGCUUAAGAACAAUAAUGGCAUAGAAAAAUCUAAUCCAUUUGAAAGUGCUCUUAAACCACAGAUGCCAAACUAUGGAAGCAAUGAUGCAGACUUCAUGAGUUAUUUAAAGCCUAGUAUAUAUGAACCAAAUAUUUCCCUAGCUGGAAUGUCACUAUCAGACCCACUGGUAUUUAAAACAAGCUUGCAAAAUAAAAUCAAUCCUCGACCUGGAAAGGUGGUGAUAUAUAGCGAACCCACUUUCUGUGGGAAUUGUUUUGAAGUGUUCAGUGAUAUUCCUGACUGUACCUCUUGGAGCCUGUCACCAGUGAUUGUUGUAAAAGUAGUUCGAGGAUGCUGGAUUUUGUACGAGAAACCAAAUUUUGAAGGGAACUCAGUUCCUCUCGAAGAGGGAGAAUUGGAGCUAUGUGAUCCCUGGGGAAUGGAAGAUAUUUCAGCAGAAAGUGAAGAGAACAAAUCUGCUAAGCCCCUGGUGAUUGGUUCAAUUAGACAUGUGAUUAAGGAUUACAGAAUUAGUCAAAUUGACUUGUUUACUGAACCAGAAGGGUUGGGACUUGUAAAUUCCUACUUUGAUGACACUGAAGAAAUGCAGAUGUAUGGUGUAAUGCAGAAGACAUGUUCCAUUAAAGUGCAUUGGGGCACAUGGCUGGUUUAUGAAGAACCUGGUUUUCAGGGUAUCCCUUUUGUCCUUGAGCCUGGUGAAUAUCCUGAUUUAUCCUUCUGGGACACAGAAGAAGCAUACAUUGGAUCAAUGAGGCCCCUGAAAAUGGGUGGUCGCAAAGUUGAAUUCCCAGCAGAUCCAAAGGUCAUUCUUUAUGAAAAGCCUUUUUUUGAAGGAAAAUGUAUGGAACUAGAAACAGAAAUUUGUAAUUUCAUCAUAGAAGGAGAUGAAACAGAAGACGCUGGAGAAGAUAAUUUGCCAUUGAAAUCAGUAGGGUCUAUAAAAGUUCUAGGAGGCAUUUGGGUUGCUUUUGAGAAACCGGGAUUUACAGGACAUCAGUAUUUGCUAGAAGAAGGUGAAUACAAGGAAUGGCAAGAUUGGGGUGGCUAUGAUGGAGAACUGAAGUCUUUACGGCCUAUAUUAGGUGAUUUUUCAAAUGCUCACAUGAUAAUGUAUAGUGAAAGAAACUUUGGAACCAAAGGUUCAAAUAUUGAUGUAUUAGGAAUUGUUGCCAAUUUAAAGGAUACUGGAUAUGGAGUGAAGACACAGUCUAUUAAUGUUUUAAGUGGAGUAUGGGUAGCCUAUGAAAAUCCAGACUUCACAGGAGAACAAUAUAUACUUGAUAAAGGAUUGUAUACUAGCUUUGAGGACUGGGGAGGAAAGAAUUGUAAGAUCUCUUCAGUUCAACCUAUAUGUUUGGAUACCUUUACUAGCCCAAGUGAAAGAAAUAAAGUUCACUUAUUCUCAGAACCAGAUUUCCGUGGUAGCAAUAAAGUUUUUGAAGAAACCACUAAUCAAAUUGAAGAUUCCUUUUCUGCAAAGUCUUGCAGAGUUUUGGGAGGCAGCUGGGUUGCUUACGAUGGGGAAAAUUUCUCUGGUAAUCAGUAUGUAUUAGAAGAAGGAAACUAUCCUUGUCUAUCUGCCAUGGGAUGUCCUCCUGAAACGAAUUUUAAGUCUCUUCGCUUUAUAGAUGUUGAAUUUUCAGAACCAAUAAUAGUUCUUUUUGAAAGAGAAGACUUCAAAGGAAAAAAAAUUGAACUUAGUGAAGAAGUGGUGAACUUACGGUUCCUGGGAUUCAAUACUCAAAUACGCUCCAUCCAGGUUAUUGGUGGCAUAUGGGUCACUUAUGAAUACAGCAAUUACAGGGGGCGGCAGAUCUUGCUGUCACCUGCAGAUGUGCCCAAUUGGUAUGAAUUCAGUGGCUGCCGCCAGAUAGGUUCUCUCAGACCUUUUAUUCAGAAACGGAUCUACUUUAGGCUUCGAAAUAAAGCCACAGGGUUAUUCAUGUCAACCAAUGGAAACUUAGAGGAUCUGAAGCUUCUCCGGAUACAAGUGAUGGAAGAUGUCGGAGCGGAUGAUCAGAUAUGGAUUUACCAAGAAGGAUGCAUUAAAUGCAGGAUCGCAGAGGAUUGCUGCUUGACCAUCGUCGGAAGUCUCGUAACCUCUGGUUCUAAACUGGGCCUGGCGCUCGAUCAAAAUGAAGACAGCCAAUUCUGGAGCAUCAAGUCUGACGGCAGAAUCUAUAGCAAGUUGAAGCCAAACUUAGUUUUAGAUAUCAAAGGGGGUGCACAAUAUGACCAAAACCACAUCAUUCUCAACACUGCUAACCAAGAGAAGUUGACACAAGUUUGGGAACCCCUGAUCCUGUAAUCUUGGACAAAGAAUGCAAAAGAUACUCUGGAACUAGUACAGCUAGAAAUUUAAAUAGAUGGAAUAGUGUUGGUGGAAAAAUUGGACAUGGAACAUUCAAUUUGAAUUCUAAAAAAACCAGCAUUCAGCCUUGAAACACAUCGUGCCUGGGAAAUUUAUUCCAUCUUUUCAGGACAAAGUUUGCACUUAUACUAUAGCUUGUCACUGAGUUUUGGCAAUUCUGAUUCUGUCCCUUUCCAUAUUUUUUUUAAGGAGCUGCUUAACAAGAAUGCCUUAUUAGCAGAUGUUUUGUGUUACUGGAUACUUGUUAAUAUCAAAUCUGUCUUAAAUUAUUCCCUAAAAUGUCUUGACAGAAAAGAAUGUAAACAAUACUAACCAACCAAAACAUUCUGCACCCAUAAAAGAAGUUGAACUGCACAAAGAUGGGAAACAGUGGACGCUGAAAUUUGCAAUAUAAAGGAUAGGUCAUUCACCAGCUGAAGAGUUCCAGCUCCGUGCUUGGCAUGCAGAAGGCAGCUUCGUGAUGUUUGCUGAAUUGUUGAAAAGAAAUGUACAUAAUUUAUUAGGACCAUGAUUGUGGUCCCCAAGAUUUUUGGGUUGUUACUCCUUAAUUAUGCCACACCAGGCACUUUUUAGGGACUUUUAACCAAAGCCCUGUGUAUUCAUGAUGUAAUAAGUUGCUUAACUACAGUCAAAAUGUUUUUCCUUCAGGCAACUUUUAAAAACGGCAGUAUCUUUGGGGUACUAGCUAGUCUUUGCAUAUCUGUGCCACGGGCCCAGUAAGUAUUCCUUGGCCAUUAUACCUAUCAGUAAAAUAGCAUGUAGCCCUAGACAGUUCUGAGUGAACAUUACCUGCUUUCCUUGGGCAGAGAGAUGGUUCCAUGCAGCACAGCAAUAUGGCCCUUUCUUCCAAGCUUAGAAAUGUUUAAAAAAAAAAAAGUUUUCAUUUGUUUGUGAUUCCAGUCAGACUGUACUUGCUUCUUUUGUGAAAGUGUACUGGGCCCUGCACCCUCAUUAUCUCCCUAGUUCCAGAGAAAUGGAUAGAGGAGACUUGGGUGGGCAAACAGCCCUGUCAAAGGCGUCUUUGGGGUGGGGUGCCCAAAGUGAGAUAGUUAAACACAUGCUACAAUUUACUGGCUUCCUGUAGUUACCUCCCUUCCUGAAAUCCGUGUGACAGCAGGUAACUUCAUAUAUGAAAGGUGAAGUGCAUAAAAACUGUUUAAAAUACUGAGGCAUCAGGGCUCUCUUUGUUAAUCCAGUGUGAUAGUUUUGACCACCACAGUUGGCUUCUCUAACCCUUUCCUUCCUCACCCCAAAUGUUGCUCACUUCAGAGAACACUGGUGCUUUUGUUCUUGUCUCUAGUGAAGCAAAUCUCUUAAUCUGAUUCUGAGUGUCUCUCUUGUGUGUGGUAAAAAAUGAGUACAGAAAUAUCUCUUGAAGUUAAAAAUAAACAGCCUGUCAUGAUA